UGAGACACCCUGGGCAACGUCCUCGGGUAGGAGGGCCAGCAUGUACGGAAGAUAAAUUCGUCGUUUUGGUGCGUGUGAGAGAAGGCGCGGGCGACGCGGGGAGGCGCGGAGGGCGGCGGCGCCGGCGCGCGGAGGCUGCUGCGCUCAGAGCACCUGCGCCCGCGCUCCGUAGCGCCGCUCGCUGCGUGCUCGAGUACCCGCGCCCGCGCACUGGCCUGCGCCGUGCAGAGCGUCGUGACGCCGCCCACGAUAUACAAGUCGGCGAAGUCGAGUGUUGAGCGGGGUGCUCCUGUGUGGAGCCUCCGCCCGCACGAAGACGUCACCGAUAACGCUGAAACGCGGCGUCAUGUCCGCGUCGCCGCAGCCCGCGUGCGACGACCGCGCGCGCACCCCAAAAGCAGGCGCUUCGCCAAGUUCAGCGCCGCGGUCACCGGCGCCCGCGCAUGCCGUACUCGCCACCAUGACACCCGUUCAGCCUGCUCACGACUACUACCCACACAAAGUGGAGAUGGAUUCAGAUGACGGCUAUCCCCCGGACGCACACACUUACCGCCAUUCACCUCAUGAGCUAGCUGCGUAUGCCCCCGAUAACAAAGUACCUGUACAGCCGGAUGUAUAUGAUCAGGGUAUGGAGUCCAUUGACGAGAAGACACCGAUAGAUCUUAUAUAUGAAGAUGACAAACAGACAGUAAUAUAUACGACGACACCAGAUCAAAAGAGGGUGGAGAUGAUUAGUGGACAAUUGGAUGAUGGGCAGUUAGUCAGCGGAGGGGGGCAACUAGUCGAUGGUGGCGUGUCCGUUGUGGUGGGACCCCCAGGACAGGCGGUCGUCGUGAUCGCUGACCAUGUUGUUGAUGAGCUCGGGCAGGUCAUUCCAAUAUCCAGGAGACGCAAAGAGGCAAUGGAAGUGGGGGGAGAGUGGCGCGCGUACUAUUCCAGUGGUGCAGAGCAUCCAUUAAGUGCAGCGACGUCGGCAGUACUCGGUGUGGCAGAUGAUACGCAACCCCAGCCCCUGGUGACCGAGUACUACAAACUACCACCCUUAGCCCAGGAUUCACACCUCAGUUUGCAUAAAGAGAAUGCGAAACUCAUUGAUGUCUGGCCGGCCGGCGGUGCACUGAAGGCGGCCAAUGGCGCGCACGGGGCGGAGCUGAGCGAGCUCUCCGGCCUGCUCCACGCGGGGCUCGUGAAGCGCGAGCCUGAAGACCUGAGCCGCAAGGUGGUCGACGAGCCCGAGCCGCACGCGCUCAAGCCGCCGCGACAUAAGGUGGCGGUCGGUGAGCACAGCGAAGCGGCCUCGCCGUCCCCGGUGCCGUCGCGGGCCUCUUCGGCCGGCUCGCUGCUACCUGACGCUGCCAUGUAUGCAGCGCAGAUGUUCGCGCCGCCUGGCACCCCAAGCCCUACUCCCUAUGGUGAACAAUAUUCGCGUCAACCUGCGGCCUUCACCGGCGAACCUUAUUAUAGAGAGUACUUUGUCGCUGAUGGUUACCAGCAAAGGGCUGCGCCGCCCUAUGGAGAUGCAGAGUCGGCUCCGCCUUCCGCCUUUGGUGACCGAUAUGCGGCACCUCGAUAUCACAGCAAAAGUGUGAUCGCAGCCGCGGGCCUGACAGUGGAUCUGCCAUCACCUGACAGCGGCAUUGGAGCGGAUGCUGUCACUCCUCGCGAUCAUACUGCCGUUCAGCAGUCGUUCGACUACACCGUAAUCUGCCAGCAGCCCGGUGUGGCGGAAGACGGCCGGGGUACACCCUCGGCUCACCACUCGCCUGCUCAACCUCCAAGAACGCGACCCUGGCACGAUUUUGGUAGACAAAAUGAUGCGGACAAGAUACAAAUACCUAAGCUGUUUUCCCCGUACGGAUUUAAGUACCACCUGGAGACUGCGAGUAGCAGUUCGCAGAGGCGCGAAGAUGAUAGGAUCACUUAUAUCAACAAGGGACAAUUCUAUGGUAUCACCCUGGACUACACACAUGAUCCGGACAAACCUUUAAAAAAUCAAACUGUUAAGAGUGUUGUUAUGCUGAUGUUCCGAGAAGAAAAAUCACCAGAGGACGAAAUCAAAGCAUGGCAGUUUUGGCAUGGCAGACAACAUUCAGUGAAACAAAGAAUACUAGAUGCUGACACGAAAAAUAGUAUCGGGCUGGCCGGCUGCAUCGAGGAAGUGGCGCACAAUGCCAUCGCUGUCUAUUGGAAUCCACUUGAAAGCGCUGCCAAGAUCAAUAUUGCUGUGCAAUGUUUGAGUACAGACUUCAGCAGUCAAAAAGGAGUUAAGGGUUUACCGCUACACAUUCAGAUUGAUACAUUUGAAGAUCCGCGAGACACGCAAGUCUAUCAUAGAGGAUACUGUCAAAUAAAAGUGUUCUGUGACAAGGGUGCCGAAAGAAAGACAAGGGAUGAAGAAAGACGAGCAGCUAAAAGAAAAAUGUCUGCAACGAAUAGAAAGAAGUUGGAUGAAAUUUACCAUCCUGUGACGGAAAGAAGCGAGUUCUACUCGAUGGCAGAUUUGACGAAGCCGCCUGUCCUUUUUAGUCCUGCUGAAGAUAUCGAUAAGUUAGCUGGAAUGGACAUACAAGGAUUUUAUGGGCAUGACGAGGCAGCACUAACUGAAGCUCACCUUAAAGGCGCUUCACCCUUCCUGUUACACGCAGCAAAACCUCAAGCGCCAGCGUUGAAAUUCCACAAUCAUUUCCCACCGGAUGCACCAGCGUACAGUGUUCCUGUUUCGCCAUAUAGCGACCGCAAAGACUCUCUAGAAUUAGAGGGUGUAAUAGGCAAGCGCGCGCGUACAUCAACUCCGCCGCUCAGCGAGCGCGUCAUGCUCUACGUGCGCCAGGACACCGACGAUGUAUACACUCCUCUUCACGUUGCGCCGCCAACAACGCAGGGCUUGAUGCACGCUAUUGAGAAUAAGUACAAAAUUUCAAGUUCGGCAAUUAAUAAUCUUUAUCGAAAGAACAAGAAAGGGAUUACGGCCAGAAUUGAUGAUGAAAUGUUGGCGUACUAUUGUAACGAAGAUCUGUUUCUGCUGGAGGUAAGACCAGCGAGCGCUAACGAGGACGAGCCCCUCUACGACAUUACGUUCGUGGAGUUGCCCCUGGAGCACUAGGGCUGCGUCCGCGCCGGACGUUGUACGUCGGCGGUGCUUGCCACACAGUGCAAGUUUUCCUCGUAUCUCUACCACUUGUGAUGUGGCGAGCUCUGAACUCUUUGAGUAAAAGAUAAACAUUCCCUUUUGACUCUUUAUAUGCGAAGAAUGUUAAUUUAUAAAUGAGAUAAGGUUGUCUCAAAAAGUGUCGAUCUCAGAUUGAAAAUUACUUUUAAGCGAUUCCUCAUCAUAAUAAUAUCAGAUCAGCUGAAUGUCACAAAUUUUAUCGUUGGUCGCUAAUCAAUGCACAAACGGUUAAGAGGGGCCAUUUUGUAUAUAUCUAAUUUAGUGCCUUAUGAAAUUAAAGAGAUAUGCAACGAUCUAUGGUGUGAUGGCAAAUAAGAAUUUGAUGUAUUUUGGAGAUAAUGAUCUGUUGCUAAUUAUAUAAAUAUGUGUGCCAUUCGCUCGGUUAUCAUACUAGUUGUAUGUAGUUAUCGUUUCAACAGGUACCUUUUAAUCUUGCCAUGAUGAUAAAAUAAGAAAUUCUUGUCACAAAAUGUAAUCAUUAUGUAGAAAUUGUUUAUCUACAUAAACUUAAAUCAUAAAGUGCCUUCUACAUUAUUAUGUUAUUGUAUCUUUAAAUGUAAGUGAGUUAAGUCACUCAUGCCAUCCACUUGUUAAGUUUUAAAUAUACAUAUAAGUUUCAUUUUUAAGCUCGCUCAAUACAUUCCUCGACGAAGUUGAUUUUAAUUUAAGCUCAAAAGUCGUAACGUCCACUACUUCAGUCAUAUCCAUCAUAUUGGAAUCAUUGUAGCGACAAAACGAGAUUAAUAAAAUUAUAAAGUUAUUUUGUAAACUAUCCGUCAUUACUUAGAAGUUUCUAGUUUAUAAAAUUGAAGUAUUGGACGAUAAUUACAACUUAAAAUGAGAUAUAGUCGCAGUUUGCAUAUUGUAUAAUAAAUAAUAGUCACAUAAACAUAGUCACAAAAGUUGUCAAUUCGAACACUAUUAACAUUAGCACCGACGGGAGAGGUUUUGUAUAUCUAAUUUUAAGAUUUUGCAAAUUCUAUUAAAAUAACAGAACGUUGUAUUCGAACGUUUUGAUAUUUUAAUAAAAUUUCGAUACGUAAGUUAUCGGGCCAUGACAACAAUUUAGUUUACGAAGCGUAAUAGUGUCCAAGACUUGUAUAAGUAAGGUUACAUGAUAAAUUGAGCUAUACUUACUGUGAAUAACAUAACUUUUACAUAAAAAUCAUUGUUAGUUUUUAACUAUACUCAUUGACUUGUUAUAAACAUUGUAUUCUAUCAAAAAGACAACAUAUAAAAUUAUAGCUAAGUUUCACCACCGAUUUGUAUUCAAAAUUCAGAACAAGGUUCUGCUUUUUUGAAGGGAUUUGUCAUAGACGAAGUUAUUCAUGAUUUUUGAUCGUCAUCUUUAUUUUAGUUGUGUGCCUAGUGCGGACGGUUCGAUUAACUGCCAUAUUAAGACAUAAUAAUUAGAUUACUUAAUGAAUUUAGAUGUAGAAUUUUAAAGGUAGUUUUUACUUAUAUGUGACUUGCAUCACUAGAUAUCGAAUUUUAAUUAGGAUAAAGUUAUCAAUUUAAUACGUAUUUUGUAUCGUUUUGUUUUUCAUAACUCGGCUGCGAUUGCGUUGUGACUGGGUCCGUCCUUCGCUUAUUUUUAUUUAAACAUCUCUUUCUUCAUUCGGCUUGUCUACACUUGUUAUUUACUUUCCACUGUAGGUACCUAUAAGUAUUUUUUCUAAAGUAAAAUUUUAGACUUAUUUGGUUUUUCAUCCGGAGAUAACGUAUGAGUAUCAAAAUAUAUCUCACCCAUAGUCGCUUUUCUUGAUCUAUUAUAAACUAACUAUAACAUUUUUUACGUUCUUAAUUAGAAAUUGUUUCCAAUACCUAUAUAUGUUUUUUUGUAAAAUAUAUUUUUUCCUAUAUUAAACACAGUAAUAUUGCUUUCGGAUUAUAAGACCGCUUUAUUAUCUUCUUAAUAUACAUCAUAUUCUCUGCGGUUCUAGGGUGAGUUUUUUUAACGAAUGAAACACCACCUAAGUCAAAUAUUAUAAGUUAAUGCAUUUCAUUGCUCAAAAUCUGCAUUUGCCAUUGCCGCGGAGCGGAAUGUAACAGAUUGUUAUUACUUAUACCUACUUAUACGUAUUCACAUAAUUAUAUUUAUUUAUGUACUUAAUGUAAUAAAUUGUGCAGCUUUAAUUUUUACUUACAAUGAUGUUAGACCGUGAUUUUGAAUCUCGUCAUAAGUCACAAAUGUCAGUAGCAAUAAAUACAUACAUAAAGCAGGUUAGUGUGUAGUUAGGUGAUCGCGUCCUCGGCGUGCCGCCGCGCACCAUGCGCCCUCUCGUGGCAGCUCACAUGUGGCAGUGCAAUGUUAAGAGAGUUUACUAUAGAGAUUGUGUUUGUAGAUAGAUUGAUAUUCGGCGAAAUUGAUAAUAUUUGUGUAGAGUAGAAGUUUGUAGCGAAAGCGGGAACGGUGACGUGGCGAGCGGCGGCGCGGCCUGUAUUCGCCUUUCGGAGCUAUUAGUCACACUAGUUAAAACACGCCGAAAGUGGUAGCACAUUUUCGUUAUUAGAUUCUACUGUACUAAGUUUAAAUUGAAUAGAUGUUACGUUAUUCUUUUAUAUUAAUAUUUGUAAGUUGUCAUAAAUAUUAUUAAUAUAAUUAUUUUUAUCAAAGUUUAUAAUCUAAAUAAAAAUGUUUUUCUUCAAAACGUA